AUGUGCUGCAACUACUACGGAAACUCCUGUAGAGGCUGUGGAUACGGCUCAAGAUAUGGCUAUGGCUGUGGAUAUGGCUCAGGCUAUGGCUGUGGAUACGGCUCUGGCUAUGGCUGUGGAUAUGGCUCUGGCUAUGGCUCUGGCUGUGGAUAUGGCUGUGGAUAUAGUUCUGUGUCUGGUUGUGGAUAUGGUUCCAGGUAUGGCUGUGGAUAUGGCUCUGGCUGCUAUAGCUACAGACCACUUUUCUACAGAAGAUGGCAUUCUUCUUGCUGCUAG